CCUGGGCUUGGGUGGCGGCUGCUGCUGCUGCAAGGAGGAAAGUUCCCUUGGCAAAGGGGAGCAGUUGGCAGCCUGGCUAGGAAGAAGGGAAGAAGAAAGACAGAAAGGUGGAAGGAAAGCAAGCAAGAAGAAAGGCCACCUUUCCCAAAGGAGGGAUCCUCUGGGAUCAGAGAGAGAGAGAGAGAUCCAGCCCAGCAUGGAAUACCCCCCAAAGCCCUCCUUGCAAGGGUUUCCUCUAAAGCCUAGAUGAAGAAGAAAAAGGAAAAUUUGCAGCACCCGGAUUAAUCUUAAUGGCCCUCUUGGAUGGGUAGGAACUUGGGGCGGAACUACAACUCCCAGGGGCAACUUGGUUGGAGCAAAGUGACCCAUUUGCUUUUUAGUGGGUCUGAACCCGAAAGAAUCGCAAGUAAUUUUUAAAGCAAUACUCCAUGUGUGCAUGUGGAUGGAAUUGUAAUUUUUUGCCUUAACGGGGCACUCUCCCAAGCAUCAAGCAUUGAAGUCUGAGUUCGAGAGGCAACAGCCUCCAGGCUCUGGGAUCCCGGCAGAGUCGGGCCAGCAAGGCCCGCGGCUGGCCUCCCCAACGGCGCUGACCCCGGCCGACCGCUGCCUGGCGCCUGCCUCCCUUGUGGCGCAAGACGUGGGCCCCUCAGCCCCAUCUGCUGCCCGGGGGGUGCCACCCCCUGCAGGCAGGGCCAUGAAGCUGCAGGCGGUGAUGGAGAACUUGCAGCGCCAACAACAGGCCCGGCUGCAGCAGGAGAUGGAGGCACGCCAACAGCAGCUGGCACCGCUGUCCGAGGACCAGUCCCGGGCAUCAUGCCAGGCGCCUCCUGGACCCCAGCCAACCUCCGGGGCUGCCCCAUUGCCCCGUGCCAGCCGCGACCCCCCUGCUUGUGAGGAGCCUGGAGAACCCGAGAGUGCCCGGAUACAGAGGGCACAGAUGGCAGCAUUGGCAGCCAUGCGGGCAGCCGCAGCUGGACUCAGCCACUCAUCCAGCCUGGAGGAGGAGGAGGAGGAGGAGGAGGAAGAGAGCCGUUCCUCCGAAGAGGACCCCGGAGGAAGGAUAGAAGGGGAGGAAGAGGAGGACGAGGAAGAGUACCCACCGGAGAUUGACUCGGAGGAAGAGGACGAAGCAAUGAAAGGCAAAUGGGUCGGGGAGGAUUUUGAAGAUGAUUUGGGUGAUGAAGACGAGGACGAUUACGACGAGGAGGACGAGAUGGGCGAAGAAGCCUUGGGCCCAGGAGGGGCAGCCCACUCGAGCCCCGGACCCCCGCUCCUCCGAAAGCAGCCGGCCCCCCAACAAUACCGAGGGGAGCCUUCCCGGAUUUCGGGGGGCCCGGAGCGCCUUUCAUCCGGAGUGUCCCACCAAGUCCUGUCCCAGCUGCAAACCCCGGUCCUCGACCACGGAGACUGGACCUACGAGGAACAGUUCAAACAGCUGUAUGAACUGGAUGGAGACCCCAAACGGAAGGAAUUCCUGGAUGACCUUUUUAGUUUUAUGCAGAAACGAGGUGAGCAAACCUAUCACAGGGUUUUCUUAGCCAGUUUUGUUCAGAGGAGGUUUGCAAUGAAGCUGAGAGUGUGUGACUUGAUCUGUGCAUGUGCUUCUCCUUUUUUGCUUUUCCUGGAAAGGUACAUGAAGUACUUGUACCCGUACGAGUGCGAGAAGCGAGGACUGAGCAACCCCAAUGAGCUGCAGGCUGCCAUCCACAGCAACCGGCGGGAGGGUCGACGGCAAGGAUUUGGCAGCUCCAUCUUCACAUACUCCCCCAGCGGGACCCACUCCAUGUUGUCUUCCCCCAAAAUCCAAGUACCAACGUUGGGACUGGCCGUGGCUACCAAUGGAAACCCUGUCACCCCAGUUCCAAAAAUCAAGAAAGAGGAGGACGCAGUGAUCCCUAUCGCCGUGCCCACCCGCCUGCCCGUCUCGCUGGCCGGCCACUCAUCUGUUGCUGCCCAGGCUGCGGCCGUGCAAGCUGCAGCGGCUCAGGCUGCCGUGGCUGCGCAGGCAGUGGCGCUGGAGCAACUACGUGAAAAACUGGAAUCCGGGGAGCCCCCUGAGAAGAAGAUGGCACUGGUGACGGAGGAACAGCAGCGCCUGAUGCAGCGAGCCAUCCAGCAGAACCUGCUAGCCAUGACCACCCAGCUGCCCAUGAGCAUCCGGAUCAACAGCCAAGGGAGGCGCUCGCCAGAAAACCGCCAAGACUCUGCUACGAACCCAGCCACCAACGGCACCAACAGCAUCAGCAUGUCGGUCGAGAUCAAUGGGAUAGUUUAUACAGGUGUGUUGUUUGCCCAAACUCCAGAAACGUUGUCUUCCCUCAACAAAGGAAACGCCAACAGCGGCCAGAAUUCCAGCAGUAGCACCACCGGUACCACCAGCAACAGCAGCGGCGCUGGCCCCACCAGUGACACCAUGGGUUUGCCCUCGGCUGCGACAUCUACCUCAACCAACGCCUCGUCGCCUUAAACCCCGCCACCUUCUCCUCCGCCGAUUCCUCCUCCUCAUCUCCUUCCUCCGCCACCCAAGUCAAUCAAAAAGGCCCAGAUUGGAUGCCCAUGUUAAUCAGAAGGCACAAUCUGGAUGCCACUUUCCCUCCCUGGUUUUUCUGCCCCCCACGGAGACGCGCGAGUGUUUGUGUGUUUGCCUGUAUGCGUGUGGUUGUGAUAUCAUGCCUUGCUCACUUUUUGACACCUUGGACCCCUAUGCCUAAGCGACAAUCUGGGAUGUUACGGAUUUGGGGUGCCACAACCUUACGGGGGUGGGUGGGUUUGGGCAUCGCUGCAAGUAUGUUCCCGGCUCCUCUUUCCCCCCAGGACUUUGAGGUUUGUUGGAAGUGGAGCAGUCUGUUUUGCUUUUCCACUCCAGUUCCUUCUGGGAGGGUCGGUACAAGCUGAGAAACCCAGAGUAAUAAUUUUAAAAAGAUCCAGGGAGACGCAAACCCUUUUAUUUCCCCCGGUACUGUAGCGUAACACCAAAUACGAAACCAAAACUUGAUGCUCACUUUUUUUGGUGAGAAAAGGUGGGCUGGAGCCAAGACCUCUCCCUUCGGUCUCCUCCUUCCGCCUCUUUCUUUCCCUCUUUAAAGGGAAACGUUGAAAGAAAAGCUUUUUCUUAAAACUGGGGUGACGGGUCGGGAAAGAUGCCGUUCCAAGUUUGAGCCAGAUAAAAACACUGUGCGGUUUAGCUUUUAUUUUUGGAUGCAAUUCAUUGCAGGCCUGUUAACUCCUUACCUCAUGCGAAUCCACACUUUGCACUGUGUGUCUUUAAAAAUGUUGUGUUUUUAACUAUUAUUUGGGGGAGGGCAGGAUAGGGGAGAACUGGGGUCUUGCUUGCGUUGGGUGAGAGGAGACAAAUUAUAAGAGUUUUUAAAAACCAAACAAUGAAUUUACUGCUUGCGGGAAGGGAUGGUGACACAAAAGCUUUAUUCAAAAGUCAUAUAAAGAAUAUUUAGGAACUGGGUUGUAAAUAUACGUCCUUUUUUCAUUCUCAAAGGGCAACCAAAAGGAAAAAAAUAAUAAUAGUAUCAGACCUCUGACGCGAAUGUUAUAUAUUUGCAUUUCUGGAGGGAGAAAAGUACUCUGAAAUGUGCUUUUUUGUCUUCUGGCGGGUGAUGUUUGGGGCAGCCUUUCCUCCACCAAUUUGUGGUUGGGUUUUUUGGCAAAGGUAAAUGUGCGGGGUGUGAUGUAUCCCUGCAUAAGGAGCUCAGGUGGUUUUAUAUAUGGAGCGGGCAGCCUUCAAACGACAAUUUUAGCGUUUCAUAGGAUGGUAUUUUUGUACAGAGCUGCCCUCCUGUUUGGAUAAUGUGUGUGCAUGUGUAUGUGAGUUUGAUCCAUUUGAUCUUUGACCAGGGCUUGGGUAACCUAGUUUGGUGAACUGUAGAAUCCAGAGUUUUCAUCCCCCUAAACUGACUUUUCCAAGUUCUCCAGCUCUUGAAGAUUUUGUUUUUCUCAUCAGAAUCUCACAUCUUCUCUUCUGUUCUCUGCUAUGCUAUUCUGUGCUUUUGCUAUUCUGAUAGCAAAAGCCACCAACUGCUUUUGUGGCUGUGGCUUGAAAUUCAUCAAAGCAGCCCCACAGCUUGAGGUUGGGACUUGGGACUGCAAUGAGAGAGAACGUCUUUUGCUUCUUUCCAAACUGUACUUACAGUGGAACUAGUUUUAACCAUCAUUGCUAUCCUUGGGUGAUAUCGGAGAAUGCCAAGACAAAAUGUUAAGACCACUGCAAAAUUACAUUUUUUGAAGGCAUGAGGAAGGAUGGCAUUCUUCUGCAAUUAAUUUUUAAACUGGCUUCAUUUCUGGUGUUUGGUUGCAUCCAUUAAGCAGGCAAAUGCAGAGAAGGUGAAGUUGUUCCUCCAAAUAAUGGGGCCUUUUUUGUUUUGGCAACGGUUUAGAGAUACCUGACAAAGACAAUCAGGCUUGCUUACUGUCUUAAAAGCUACUAGAUGUUUUGGACUACAACUCCCAGACUCCCCAUCAUUGACCAUGCUGGGAGUUGCAGCCCAAAACAUCUCGAAGGCCAAUGUUCUUCUGGGAAAGGACACGGGUAGGCGAGGCAGUUGUUUUUAGCAAAAGGAUUCAUUUGGUUAUGGGAUCGAUGGAGCUUGGGAGCUAAAGAUGAGAACGGUCCUCAAGAGCUGGGAUGAACAAACCUGCCUUGGGGGCAAAGCCUUUCUGUUAAAAUUUUAUCUGUGGGUUUGCUUAAGUAUUUUUAUGGGCUUGGAGGACGUCUCUCCUCCAGCUAGCUACCUCUUUUGUUGGACUAGACAAAUGUUGCCAAAUCGUUGUGAGCACCAUCAAAAACAUUGAUACCUCUUCCCUUUGGACGCUUUGACGGGUUGAUGCAAAUUUGACUUUCUUUUUUGCAGCCUCACAUCUUGCAUUAAAACUCUUGUUGACCCAUUGAGAAAAAGCACUCCAGACAGAAGUGAAAGAGCCAAAGUUGUCCUCAGGGGUCAAUGUAAGUCAUUUUCACUUUGCAGUGGACUACAACGCCUGUUAACCUUGCUGUCUGUGGAUGAUGGGAGCAGGAAUCCCACCCAUGCUAGGCUGCUAGGCUGGAGAGAGAUAGUUUCCAUGCUGUCUCCAAAAGCGUAUACAGACAUGUGAGCCAGAGGUAAUUGCUGAUAUGUGGAUCUACAUUUGUUUUUAUUGUAUGGCUAGAAUGGGCAAAUCCAACCGUAACGUGACCAUUAAUCAAUUUUUAAUGGGCCUUGGAUUCAAGUCACUCCAAACUUCCCACCAACCAAUUGUGUUCCUUCCUAUAAUGGACUCAUUUUUAGCAUUACAAUUUCCACCUGAAAUUAGAUGAAAAUGGUAUUUUUUUUUCUCCUUCCUGGAAUUGACUCACUUUUUCAGCAUUGCAAUCCCCAUCUGAAAUUAAAGGGAAAUGGCAUUUCCCCCCACAAUGUUAACCCUCACUCUCUACAUGUAUUUUGUCAUUCAUUUACUUCUCAUAUUCCAUCAGUGAGAGAUUCUGCUGUCAGAAGGGACAUUCUGGACAAAAGCUAACUAUAAUGUCUCAUCAGGAAAAAGGGCUACAUCCAUCAAACAGGAAACCUGUGGACUUGUGCACUGUAGACCCAAAUCCUGAACAAACCUGAUGGCAGGAAUAGCAUUUUCAUCAGAUCCCAUAUUAUUUUUAAAAAGUGGCUCUGGAAGGGUUUCCAGCCCUCUGGAGCUGCUUUUGGGGUCUAUUUGCCAAGAUCUUUGUACUAACCCUGUAAUUUGUUAAUGCAUCAAUAUACAGUGGUACCCCGGGUUACGAAUUUAAUUCGUUCCGCGGCGCCAUUCGUAACCCGAAAACCUUCGCAAGCCGAAAAAGCCAGAGGCGCUAGCGCAGGAAAGC